GGUUAAUCGGCACCAAUAAUAAUAUUAUCAUUAUGAGGCCAGCACGCAGCGGUGUUGCACUUCCCACCUGAUGCUUAGUCGUCUCAAUCACAUUCGUACCGCCUUAUUUUCUUUCGCAACGCCUGCAAUGUCACAUGCAGUUGAUACGUCUCAUUAUCGUGCCGCUUUGUCCUCAGGCGCUCAUGCUCAAAGCGAGAUUGCCACAUUCGCUGCGGGAUGUUUUUGGGGUGUCGAACAUAUAUUCUUGAAGGAGUAUCCUCCUUCGCAGAAUAAGGGCAUUCUCAAGACGAGCGUCGGAUACACCGGCGGGCUGGAGAAAGCUAAGAACCCGACAUAUAGAGAAGUGUGCACUGGGACAACCAAUCAUGCUGAGGCCUUAAGAAUUGAAUUUGACCCUUCCAUAGUCCAGUACGGAGAGCUCGUCGAGUUUUUCUACCGUACCCAUGACCCGACUACACUAAACAGGCAGGGCGGUGAUGUGGGCACUCAGUAUCGCUCUGCAAUUUUCACACAUUCACCUGAACAGAACAAAGUAGCGGAGCAAGUCACGCGCAAGGUACAAGAGGAACAUUUCAAGGGCCAAACGAUCGUGACGGAAAUUGUAGAAGCUGGGCAGUGGUAUGAUGCUGAAGAAUAUCAUCAGCUAUAUUUAUUCAAGGAACCGGAUGGGUACCAGUGCCCAACACAUAGGAAGCAUUGGUAGAUGAGAUUGUUAACAGUGUAUUAGAAUUGACGAAUGUACAGUAAAUACUGAAGCCCACGAAUUGACCAUCAAAAGCCGCCAUCAGAGUUGUGGUAGCCCGUCCCUUUACAAAUGUAACAAGGAGGUGGUGCCGAACGGGCGAUGUCAAUGCGAUCCCUGCAUAGGGUCCGACUCAACUCUCUGCACCGUCAUUUCUCGUCAUUGGCGGUUUUGAUUG